AUGCCACGUAAGCUACGUAAGAAUAUACGUAAGAGGAAGGGAGCAUUGAAACAUCCAAUAGUAAAACUGACACCACAACAACAGUUGCAACAACAAAUGAUGAAUGACCCCACUAUGUUGCAACAAAUGUCAAGCAACCCUAUGCUUUUAAACCGAGUUAUUGGUGCACAGAGUGGAGGUUUAAGAGCGGCACUUUUAGCGAAAAUGGCAGGCUAUGGUGGAGCUGCAGACGGAACAGCUUAUAACCCUCAAAGUCAAAUGAAUUUGAGUUCACUCAAAAAUCAAAUAACAGAUGUCAAAAAGUCAAACAUAGACAUACAGAAACAAAUAAGUGAAAACGAAAAGAAACUAGAAUAUGACAGACACACAAAGAAACUAAAUGAGUUAAACGUAGAGAAAAAGAAGAAAGAAGAACAACUGAAAGAACUAAGUACAGAGGAAUAUGCGAAAAAAGUGUCAGAAAAAGCAGCAGAAGUAGCAAAAAUGGAACAAGAUGUUAUAAAUUUGAAAAACCAUACUACUCAAUAUAAAGUACUGAAAGAUGAAGAAAUAAAACAAAAAGCCCUGAAGACAUAUAUGGAUAGCGAUGA